AUGGCUCCCAUAUUAUCUUCCUCAUCCUUUCACCCUGCUCUUGUUGUUUCUAACAUCAAGACACAUGUUCUUCAUCAUAUUAUCCCACCGAAAUCUAAGGACGGGGAGGCCACAGAGCCGGCCACCCUUAGUCAGGAAGAACAAGAGUUGUGGGAUACGUUGGAUGCUGUUGUGGUUCAGUGGAUUUAUUUCACAAUUUCGACUGAUCUCUUGAAUACCGUUAUUGAAGCCGAUGUUUCUGCCAUGACUCUAUGGAAUCGUCUUCGUGAUUUGUUUCAGGAUAAUGAGAACUCUCGUGCUAUUUCCUUGGAACACGAGUUCAACAACACCUACUUGAAGGAUUUCUCCUCAGUUUUUGCAUAUUGCCAGCACCUCAAAACAUUUUUCGACCAACUCAAGAAUGUGGGUGCUCCGGUUUCGAACAAUCAUCUUGUUCUUCGCAUGGUGGGUGGUCUCACACCGGCUUACAAGGGAGUUGCUUCGGUUAUUCGCCUCAAAAAGGUACGACCACCUUUUUAUGAAGUUCGAUCGAUGCUGGCCUUAGAAGAAACCAGCAUGAAGGAGGCGACAACUGAUGAUGCGAUGAUGGUGACUAAUCAUGACACUGAUGAGAUUUCUAAUCAUCCUCCUCCAAGUCGCGCAUGUGGGAAACAGAACAAGCACCGCAACAACAACAAAAGCCGCAAACCUACUAGUAGUGGAGUUCAGACGCCGAGUGUUGGACGUGGUGGCAACCGUGGAGGUGGUCCGAACUUGGGCGGUGGUAAGUAG